AUAUUUUUAAACUUUGAACAACUCCUAGCUGCUUGUAAAAAAAAAAAAAUUACAAUAACGAUUGAGCAAAGUAAAAAUGUUGAGAGUACAACGCGACUUCAAGCAAAAAGUAAAAACUGGUUUUACUUAGGGCAGGUCGUAUAACUGCUUCAAAAUUCGGGAGUGUAUGCUGCGCAAACAUCACCCAACCACCAAUCAGUUUGAUUAUGCAAGUAUGUUACCCCAUUCAAGCACGUUUUUGCACAGCAGCAACAAAAUGGGGAAAUGACCAUGAAAAAAAAGCAUUGACUUUAUAUUCCACAACUAUGGAAAAGAAACACUCUAAAUUUUCAAUAAAAAAUUGUGGAUUUUUUAUUUCAGUUCAACAACCCUUCCUUGGUGCAUCACCAGAUGCAGUUAUUAAUUGUGAUUGUUGUGGAAAUGGUUGUCUGGAGAUAAAAUGUCCAUAUAGUAUGAGAGAUAAAUACAUUAGCGAAUUAUUAGAUUUUAAAAAUUGUUGUCUGGAAAAUAAAGCUGGUUAUAUAUCUUUAAAAAAAUCACAUAAAUAUUACUAUCAAGUUCAGUGUCAGUUAUAUGCUUCAUCAAGUAACUACUGUGAUUUUUUUAUUUGGACAUCAAAAGAUUCGUAUUGCGAAAGAAUAUUGCCGGAUUUGGAAUUUAAAAUCUAA